UCUCUCUCUCUCUCUCUCUUCUCCCCGGAGCCCCGCCGACCCGAGCAAACCUUGCAAUCUUUCUACCGUCCCGUUCAUGCGCCUCAGCCUCUUCCCAACUUCGCCCCGCGCUUUCCGCCACCUCCUCGGCCAUCGGCCUUACCCCGACAACCCCGAUUCUAGGGUUUCUUGAACCAGCCGCGACACAGAGCCGUUCUUGCUCGAGCCCGAGCUGCUGGUGCCUUAAGAAUCCGGCUUGAACCGGCCUCGGACCGGUUUCCUAAGAUCCGUUUCAGUUUUUCGGUGCCGCGCCCGCCAUAAACUGAACCGGCUUAAGCCCCUUUGUUUGCUCGUUUCUCCAGCUUAAACCCUAACAACCUUCCCUGUCCUUCCGACACCUCUCACCGUCUUGUUCCUCCUCCUCCUCCACCCCAUCUCCAUCUCCAACGUCUCAAUUUCAAGCUCAAAUCCAGCUGCCGCCAUGGCCCAACCCCCCGAGGAAACUACAGAGACAGUGGAGGCCGUUAGCUUUCGUUUCUUCACAGAUGAUGAAGUCCGGAAGCACAGUGUUACGAAACUUACGAAUCCCGUGCUGCUAGAUAACGUGCAACGGCCUGUGCCUGGUGGAUUGUAUGAUCCACUGUUGGGGCCUCUAGAUGACGCACCCUGCAAAUCCUGUGGUGAAAAAGCAUAUUAUUGCCCAGGACACUGUGGGCACAUUGAUCUCGUCCAUCCUGUGUAUAAUCCUCUGCUUUUUAAUGUUCUCCACAACCUUAUAAGAAGGACUUGUUUCUUCUGCAAUCAUUUUAGGGAAAGUAGAAGCCAGAUUGAAAAAUAUGUUGCUCAACUCGAACUGAUUGCAAGAGGUGAUGUCAUUGGGGCAAAGAAAUUGGAUUCGUUUCUGCCAACUGAUUCAUCAUUUUCAGAGGAUGGAAAUGUCUGCGAUGUAUCGAGUUCUGCUCUGAGUUCCGAAUCACAUGAUGAAAGUUCCACGUAUAUGAAGGAAAAGCAGCAGUGGACUUCACUUCAAUUUAGUGAAGCAAUGUCAAUUUUGAAUAAGUUUAUGAAGCCCAAAUCUAAGGAGUGCAAGAACUGCAAAGCUAAAAACCCUACUGUCACUAAACCUACAUUUGGAUGGUUUCACAUGCAAGGUAUGUCGGGUGCUGAGACUAGAGCAAACAUUAUUAAAGGGCGUGAGUUAAAGGGGCCGUUAGCUGAUGGAGAUGAUGAGGAUUCUGUGCUUGAGGCAGAAGAUGAACAAAAUGUCGGCCUAUAUGGGAAAGGCGUAGAUACCACUGAGACAGAUACAUCUACCAUUGCAUCUGAGAAAACCAAUACAGGAAAAGGACAUGGUAAAAAAGGUGCCAAGGUGCCUCGUGAGUAUUUGAAGCAGAAGCAUUUCUUCUCAGGACCAUUAUUGCCUUCAACGGUGAAAGAGCUUGUAAAACUUCUUUGGGAAAAUGAAGCACGCUUAUGCUCAUUUAUCAGCGACAUUCAGCAGCAGAGUACUGGAACAGAAGCAGGACAUUCCAUGUUUUUCUUGGAGACUAUUCUUGUGCCUCCAAUCAAAUUUCGUCCCCCUUCCAAGGGAGGUGAUUCAGUGAUGGAGCAUCCUCAAACUGUUUUAUUAACUAAGGUACUGCAGUCCAACAUAUCUCUGGGAAAUGCUCAUAUUAACAAGUUGGAGCGUAGGAGCAUUAUUAGCCGGUGGAUGGAUCUUCAACAAUCUGUAAAUGUGCUAUUUGAUAGCAAAACUGCUGGGGGUCCAGGUCAAAGAGAUGUGGCUUCAGGAAUAUGUCAGCUGUUAGAGAAGAAGGAAGGCCUCUUCCGCCAGAAUAUGAUGGGCAAAAGGGUCAAUUACGCAUGUCGAUCUGUUAUAUCACCGGAUCCAUAUCUAGCAGUUAAUGAAAUCGGCAUUCCUCCAUAUUUCGCCUUAAGAUUAACCUAUCCUGAGAAAGUCAUGCCUUGGAAUAUUGUUGAUUUGCGAAAAGCCAUUAUCAACGGCCCUGAUGUACAUCCUGGAGCCACGCACUACAUUGAGAAAUUCUGUCGUCCUUCCAAACUACUAAAUGAAAAAAAAAGGCGAAUAACAAUAUCUAGAAAAUUACCAUCCUCGAGAGGCGUGGUCACCCAACCUGGAAGAAAUUCUGAUCAUGAGUUUGAGGGCAAAGUCGUGCAUCGCCACUUGCGAGACGGGGAUAUAGUGUUGGUCAAUAGACAGCCUACACUUCACAAGCCCAGUAUAAUGGCACAUGUUGUACGUGUGUUGAAGGGGGAGAAAACCCUCCGAAUGCACUACGCAAAUUGCAGCACGUAUAAUGCUGAUUUUGAUGGUGAUGAAAUGAAUGUCCACUUUCCUCAAGAUGAAAUCUCACGUGCUGAAGCGUACAACAUUGUGAAUGCCAACAAUCAAUAUGUUAAGCCUACAAAUGGAUCUCCAAUUCGAGCAUUGAUCCAAGAUCAUAUUGUUAGUGCUGCUUUAUUAACAAAGAAGGAUACGUUUCUGAGCUAUAAUGAAUUCAAUCAGCUUCUUUACAGUUCAGGUGUUUGCACUUCUAGGUCGGGUUCUGUCGCAAGACCUGGUCAGAAGGUUGUCGUUAGUUUUGAAGAGAAUUUGCAUUACCCAAUGCCCGCAAUAUUGAAACCAGAGCCUUUGUGGACAGGAAAACAGGUCAUCACUGCAGUGAUGGACCAUUUAACCCGAGGUCACCCACCUUUUAGUGUGGAGAAGCAGGGAAAGAUACCUUCUGAUUUUUUCAAGCGAAAAAUUGGAAAGGAAGACCAGCACCGAAAAGAUAAAUCCAGUAAUGGGAAAGAAGCUGGGAGAGAUAAUUUAAAAAAAACUGAAGAGCCUGGAGAAGACACUGUCUUCAUCUUCAAGAACUACUUGAUUGCUGGGGUCAUCGAUAAGGCUCAAUUUGGCGACUACGGUCUGGUCCAUACAAUUCAGGAGUUUUAUGGCUCAAAUGCAGCUGGGAUUUUGCUUUCUGCAUUCAGUCGAUUAUUUACAACUUUUCUUCAGAUGCAUGGGUUCACGUGUGGAGUAGAUGAUCUUCUCUUGAGGAAGAAUAAGGAUGAAAAGAGGAAGGCGCAACUUGAGGAAUGUGAAAGAUGUGGAGAAGAAGUCCAUCGUGGAGUUGUUGGGGCUAAGAAAUCUGAUAGCCUAGAUCCAUUGGAUUUGCAAAUGAGGAUUGAAGAAGUUAUUCGCAGCAAUGGGGAGGCAGCAUUAACAAAUUUGGACAGGCGGAUGAUUAGUAAGCUGAAUGAGUUGAGUAGCAAUAAGAUCGAGAAAGACCUUCUUUCUGAAGGGUUGUUAAAGCCCACAGGGAAGAAUUGCAUCUCGUUGAUGACCACUUCUGGAGCCAAAGGUGGCAGUGCCAACUUCCAGCAGAUAUCUUCUCAUUUGGGUCAACAGGAACUAGAAGGCAAACGAGUUCCUAGAAUGGUCUCCGGGAAGACUCUGCCUUCCUUUCCUCCAUGGGAUUGGGCAUCUCGUGCUGGAGGCUUUAUCAUUGAUCGUUUUCUUACUGGUCUACGUCCACAGGAAUAUUACUUCCAUUGCAUGGCUGGCCGUGAAGGGUUAGUUGAUACUGCAGUUAAAACAUCUCGUAGCGGAUACCUUCAGAGAUGCCUAGUAAAAAAUCUCGAGUGUCUAAAAGUUUGUUAUGACCAUAGUGUCCGUGACCAUGAUGGUUCCAUUGUCCAAUUUUAUUACGGAGAAGAUGGAGUUGACGUCCACAAAACAAGCUUUGUUGCAAAAUUUGAUAUCCUGUCAUCGAAUCUUGAUAUAAUGAGAGAAAAAUGUUCAGCUGAGCUACAGAAGCGCAAUGGUUACAUUGGGGAUCUGCCCAAAGCUCUUAGACUUAAGGCCGAAAAAUUCAUGAAAGAAAGAAAUCAAAGAACCUCUGCAUCUUCGAAGAAGGUCAUGUUAAAGCCUAAGGAGUUCAUGAGAUCAGUUGAGUAUAAAUACUUCUCGAGCCUUGCCCAGCCGGGGGAGCCGGUUGGUGUAGUCGCUGCUCAGUCUGUUGGGGAACCCUCAACUCAAAUGACAUUAAACACUUUCCAUCAUGCGGGCCGAGGAGAGAUGAAUGUGACGCUUGGGAUCCCGCGCCUGCAAGAGAUACUGAUGAGUGCCUCUGCCGAGAUAAAGACGCCAAUUAUGACUUGUCCCCUAAGGGAGGGGAGUUCAAAGGAAGAUGCUGCUCUCCUUGCUCAGAAGUUGAAGAAGCUUGCUGUGGCUGAUCUGAUAGACAGCAUGGAAGUAGCACUUGUCCCAUUCGAAGUUCAAGACCACCUUAUUUGCAGAAUCUACAAGCUGAAAAUGAAGCUCAACAAACCAAAAGUCUGCUCCAUAACACGAUGUGAGGAGGUUCUAGAAUCUGCAUACUUAAGGGCCCUGGAAGAUGCAAUACAAGCCCACAUCCUAUUGCUCUCGAAAAUCAGUGGCAUAAAGAACUUCUCACCUGAGUCGGGAUCAAAGGCAUCUGAGACUGGAGAAGGUGAUGUAGGAGAUGUCACCGUGAAUGCGAGUAAUGGUGACGAAGACGAGGUUGAUGGAGAUGAGGGGGAUGACAUGGAGGAUCUUGGGUAUGAUGGGCAAAAGCGUAAACAGCAAGGGAAUGACGACAUGGACUAUGAAGAUGGGGCCACGGAGGGGCAGCAGGCUGGAGGACUCGAGAAAGAAGAUGACCGUGGGGAGAAUGAACGGGAGGGUAAUGAGGAAGAUGAUGAAAUGAGAAUGGAGGAUGAUGCCCUACAUGAAACCUCGGAAUUGGAGGGAACUUCAAAACAAAUGAAAGGUGAUAAAAAGAGAAAAUCAAAGAAUAAAAGCAAGAGCAAGGGAUUCCCGAAGAAGGAGACCGAUAGAGCAAUCUAUGUGAAAGCUGAGGGAUUGGACUUUGAGGUCCAUUUCAGGUUCACCGAUGAACCUCACAUUCUGCUUGCACAGAUUGCUCAGAAAGUGGCCAAGAGGGUGUACAUCAGGAGCUGCGGAAAGAUCGAGAGCUGCCAAGUGAUCACCUGCAAGGAGAACCAAGUCAUCUACUAUGGAGAUGACCCCAAGAACCGAGAGGAGAUCAAGCCCAGGGAGAAGGAAUCAAUCCCGGCCAUCCAGACGAAUGGGGUUGACUUUGCCGCAACUUGGCAACUCCAAGACGUGCUCGAGACCCGGUACAUCUACUCCAACGACAUUCAUGCAAUGCUCACAAAGUAUGGAGUGGAAGCUGCCCGAGAAACCAUCAUGAGGGAGGUCCAGCACGUGUUCAAGUCAUAUGGUAUCUCUGUGGAUAUUCGGCAUUUGACUUUAAUCGCAGACUAUAUGACCCAGUCAGGGGGGUACCGGCCGAUGAGCAGGCUUGGCGGGAUUGCGGAGUCGGUCUCGCCCUUCGGGAAGAUGUCGUUCGAGACGGCCUCAAAGUUCAUAGUCGAGGCAGCCUGUCAUGGGGAGGUAGAUAAUUUGGAGACCCCAUCCUCAAGGAUUUGCCUGGGGUUGCCCGUUAAUAUGGGCACGGGAUCUUUUGAUCUGUUGCAGAAAAUUGAAGUUUGAGGUGUAAGUUGUGGAACGCAGAUUGGCUUACAGAUUUAUCGAUUGAUAUUGUAUAGAGUCUGCCCGUUAGUUCAGGUUUCGAUGCAAAAGUGAUGUGCCUGAAAAUUUUGUGCCUACCAAUGAAAGUUUUGGUGGGAAGCGAUGUAUCCGAAAUUUUGUAGCAUUGUAAGUUUUUCUGCUAGAAGGAAAACUUCAUUAUACAAAGAUCAAAGAUUUAUCCCAUUCCUUUAAAGAACCGUUUAUCGGACUUCUAUUAGUUAGAUCAAUUUUUUUUGUUGUA